AUGAGUAGUUCUGAAGAAGUAUCCUGGAUUUCUUGGUUCUGUGGUUUACGUGGAAACGAAUUUUUCUGCGAAGUCGAGGAAGAAUACAUUCAAGAUAAAUUUAAUCUAACGGGAUUGAGCGACCAAGUGGUUCACUAUGGCCCUGCUCUCGAUAUGAUAUUAGAUUUGGAGGCGGACGAUACCCAGGGUUCCCUAUCACAAAUAGGAAAUGACACCCUGGAACAGGCGACGGAAACGUUGUACGGACUGAUCCACGCUAGAUACAUAUUGACAAACAAUGGAAUCUCUCAGAUGCUCGAAAAAUAUCAGCAAGGCGAUUUUGGGUUUUGUCCAAGGGUCUUCUGUGAAUCUCAACAUAUGCUUCCGAUUGGCAUGUCGGACGUGCCCGGGGAAGAUAUGGUAAAAUUGUAUUGCCCAAAAUGUAUGGAUGUUUAUAAUCCGCGUUCUGGGCGGUAUCUACACAUUGACGGUGCAUAUUUCGGGACAGGCUUUCCUCACAUGCUUUUUCUGGUUAACCCAGAGUUUAGACCAAAAAAAGCGAUCAAUAAAUUUGUUUCAAAGUUGUUUGGUUUCAAAAUUCAUCCAUCAUGUUACGAGAAACAAUAUCUGGCAGCCAAAAAUUGUAAAACGCCUGUACGCAAUUUAACAUAUAAAAAUCCAAUCCUAAAUAAUACCACAAAGUAA